AACACAACUAUCUUUACCUCACAUCUCAUAACAGGAUGGCCCACAGAGAAGAAGGAACAGGCUCGACUAGCCAAAAUAGAAAUCCAGGCGAGAAUUAUACUUCAAAGAUUACGAAUGCCUUUAGGGCUGUAAAGGUCUCAGAGGCUACAAUUGCCAAAACGUUGGAACGUGGAUUUUCGGAUUUCUGUAUCCCUAUGCCCACAAACUCUAUCCCUAACGAUUUGUCGCCGAGUGCCUUUCACUCAUAUUGGGAAAUCCAACCUCAACUUUUAGAAGACACAUUCAAAGUAGGCUCUAGAAAAGAACCCCCCGUUCAUUUCAACCUUCGAGAGGAUGCUAUCGGCGAAUAUACAAACGUGCCAAAAGUUUUCGGUGACGACGGAACGACUAUCGGCCGCUCAAACAACACAGACGUUAUACGUGUAAAGUAUGGCGAUGAUGUAUAUGCACUCAAACGAAUUCAGCGCGUAAGCCACGGUACGACUCAGGCCAUAGUUGAACAAAUGAACUACAUCAAGGGAGAGUUGAGCAUAAUGAGAAAGAUCCACCAUAACAACUUCCGCCACUUCGUAAAACUCAUAGCCAGUUACACCACCGAGGGGUAUGUGGGUAUGCUUCUGAGCCCGUCAGCCGACUACAACCUUGCAGAAUACCUGGACUUUGUUCACACAAAUCAAACUCCUCCAAACAUGAUUGACCUGCGAGGCUUCUUCGGAUGCCUUAUUACGGCCCUGGCGCACUUGCAUUACGUCGAACAAAUCCGGCACAAAGAUAUCAAGCCAAAAAAUAUCCUCGUUAGAGGCAAGACUGUCUUGCUUGCCGAUUUUGGGAUCUCGCUGGACUGGGGCGCGACCGGUUGUACCACAACGAUUACAGAGAAGAUGAAAUCCCCAAAGUACUGUGCCCCAGAAGUUGAUCAAUUCGAACCGAGAAAUUCCAUGUCAGACAUCUGGUCGCUUGGGUGUGUUUUCUUAGAAAUGUUCGCGGUAUUGAAAAACAAAGAUAUAGCCUAUGUGGACACUUUAUUGGCUCGGUGUAGUACAGAAAAGUUUUGUGCGAAACCAGAAACAACCAGAAUAAUCAUCGCGGACUUAGAAGCCGGCGACCCUCAACAUGGAAACGAACCGGUAGCUUGGAUUAAGAAGAUGCUACAAUGGUCCAAGAAAGACCGGCCUACUGCGAGAGCAGUGAGGGAGGAAAUCUUCGAAAAGUAUGAUUACUGCGGUCUUUGCUGUAGACAAGACUGGAUCUUCAAUGAGAACAUCUCACAGGGGAAGAAGGCCAGAUAUGUAAUCACGGCAAAAAUCCUCCAAGGGUACGAUCUCGAACCCCGUUGGAAAGAGGUCGAAGUGAUGCAUAAUCCUCGGAUUUCGAAAUGUUGGAUCUCGCCCGAUGCUCUCCAGGGUUCCCAUUUGCAACCUGAAACUAAAGGCGCAGAAUCUAUGGUGCUGGAUGGAAAGGUAUUCCAAUCGGAUCAGUUCGUUAAAAUCACAUGCAAGGUUGGUGAGGAGAUGCCAACUAUUCUCGAGGAGUUCUGCGUUGCGAAAGAGAUAAUACCGUUCAACAUUCUCGUCGACACGUCAACUUUCGAUAAAAUGAGAUCGAUGCCCGAACAGCUCCGAGGGUGGCGAUGAAUGCCAGGUGGUGAACUGGCAGAUUAUUCGUGUCAAUUUCAAUGCACUGGUCGUGCGUCGGAAUUAUUUAUCGUCGAUUCUCGUGAACGCUUUGUUGGCAGAUGCGUCUGAUUCAUAUCUGCGAAUGAGGUUAUUGAUUGGGAAAAGAAAAGGGUUUGGGUUCUUUUGGGUCGCUUCGGGCAAAGUUAAUGUAGGUAGGUAGGUACCUAGACAACCGCAAAGCGCGAAGGUCUAUAAAUUACCUACCUCUAGGUACCUAGGCAGAUACU